UGUAUGCCUUCUGCGUGUUUAUUUUUACAACACACUGUGAAUUGUAGAAAUAUGGUGGGACAGUCAUAUUUCCUUGGCAUUGAAACCUUGCAUAUUCAAGAAAGUCUGUGCUAGGUUUUGCUCAUGGAAAUGUUAUAGUGUUUCACAGUUUACAGACAAUUUCCUUUGAUAAUGUCUGUGAAAGUACAGUGGAGGGCACCACCUGGUCACUCUUUCAACCUGUGUCGUUCAGGGCCCUGCUGGGGAACAGAUGGCAUGUGUACGCCAAGUCCUUUGAGGAGGGCUUGUUAAAGGGACCUUUUGGAAGGUGUGGGCAGGUGUAGGGAAUACAAUCAGGGUGAGUGCUAAAGAAAGACCCAGCAGUGACCGGGAGUUAGUCCUACUCUAAGGAAGGGGCAAGAAAGGCUGACAAGAGCUGUAUCCCUUUCUAGAGGGACCCCGUCUGCCUGCAGUAUCCCUCCAGGGAGACAGAGGGGAAUAUAUAUACCUUCCUCAUUCUCUGCCUGUCCCCUAAACACUGGCUGGUGCCUUCCAUUAUCCAAACCCAGACAGAAGCCGGAGGGCAGGAGAGAAGAGGAAGAGGGUGGAAAAGGAAAAGAUGAUUUCUCUCUGGUACAGAAUCCUGAAAAUGUGAUCUCCCUUAAGAAGAGGACAGUGCUGCUGUGAGUUUGACGAAGUGGACAUCACCUGCAGUCGGUCCAGAGCUGCCCGGUCUUGAAUAUAAUCAUGGCCAAACCUUAUGAAUUUAACUGGCAGAAGGAAGUUCCUUCCUUUUUGCAAGAAGGAGCAGUUUUCGACAGAUACGAAGAGGAAUCCUUUGUGUUUGAACCCAACUGCCUCUUCAAAGUGGAUGAGUUUGGCUUCUUUCUGACAUGGAAAAGUGAAGGCAAGGAAGGACAGGUGCUAGAAUGCUCCCUCAUCAACAGUAUUCGGUCGGGAGCCAUACCAAAGGAUCCCAAAAUCUUGGCUGCUCUUGAAGCUGUUGGAAAAUCAGAAAAUGAUCUGGAAGGGCGGAUAGUUUGUGUCUGCAGUGGCACAGAUCUAGUGAACAUUAGUUUUACCUACAUGGUGGCUGAAAAUCCAGAAGUAACUAAGCAAUGGGUAGAAGGCCUGAGAUCAAUCAUACACAACUUCAGGGCCAACAAUGUCAGUCCAAUGACAUGCCUCAAGAAACACUGGAUGAAAUUGGCAUUUAUGACCAACACAAAUGGUAAAAUUCCAGUUAGAAGUAUUACCAGAACAUUUGCAUCGGGGAAAACAGAAAAGGUGAUCUUUCAAGCACUCAAGGAGUUAGGUCUUCCCAGUGGAAAGAAUGAUGAAAUUGAGCCCGCGGCAUUUUCUUAUGAAAAGUUCUAUGAACUGACACAAAAGAUUUGUCCUCGGACAGAUAUAGAAGAUCUUUUCAAAAAAAUCAAUGGAGACAAAACUGAUUAUUUAACGGUAGACCAAUUAGUGAGCUUUCUAAAUGAACAUCAACGAGAUCCUCGAUUGAAUGAAAUUUUAUUUCCAUUUUAUGAUGCCAAAAGGGCAAUGCAGAUCAUUGAGAUGUAUGAACCUGAUGAAGAUUUGAAGAAAAAAGGCCUUAUAUCAAGUGAUGGGUUUUGCAGAUAUCUGAUGUCAGAUGAAAAUGCCCCAGUCUUCCUAGAUCGUUUAGAACUUUACCAAGAAAUGGACCAUCCUCUGGCUCACUACUUCAUCAGUUCUUCCCAUAACACUUAUCUCACUGGCAGACAGUUUGGCGGGAAGUCUUCGGUAGAAAUGUACAGACAGGUUCUCCUGGCUGGUUGCAGAUGUGUUGAACUUGACUGCUGGGAUGGAAAAGGUGAAGACCAAGAACCAAUAAUAACUCAUGGAAAAGCAAUGUGUACAGAUAUCCUUUUUAAGGAUGUAAUUCAAGCCAUCAAGGAAACUGCAUUUGUCACAUCAGAAUAUCCUGUAAUUCUCUCCUUUGAAAAUCACUGCAGCAAAUAUCAACAGUACAAGAUGUCCAAAUAUUGCGAAGAUCUAUUUGGGGAUCUCCUGUUGAAACAAGCACUUGAAUCACAUCCACUUGAACCAGGCAGGACUUUGCCAUCCCCCAAUGACCUCAAAAGAAAAAUACUCAUAAAAAACAAGCGGCUGAAACCUGAAGUUGAAAAAAAACAGCUGGAAGCUUUGAGAAGCAUGAUGGAAGCUGGAGAAUCUGCCUCCCCAGCAAACAUCUUAGAGGACGAUAAUGAAGAGGAGAUCGAAAGUGCUGACCAAGAGGAGGAAGCUCACCCUGAAUUCAAAUUUGGAAAUGAACUUUCUGCUGAUGACUUGGGUCACAAGGAAGCUGUUGCAAAUAGCGUCAAGAAGGCUUCAGAUGACCUUGAACAUGAAAACAACAAAAAGGGCCUGGUCACUGUAGAAGAUGAGCAGGCGUGGAUGGCAUCUUAUAAAUAUGUAGGUGCUACCACUAAUAUCCAUCCAUAUUUGUCCACAAUGAUCAACUACGCCCAGCCUGUAAAGUUUCAAGGUUUCCAUGUGGCAGAAGAACGCAAUAUUCAUUAUAACAUGUCUUCUUUUAAUGAAUCAGUCGGCCUUGGCUACUUGAAGACACAUGCAAUUGAAUUUGUCAAUUACAACAAACGGCAAAUGAGUCGCAUUUACCCCAAGGGAGGCCGAGUUGAUUCCAGUAAUUACAUGCCUCAGAUUUUCUGGAACGCUGGCUGCCAGAUGGUUUCACUGAACUAUCAAACCCCAGAUUUAGCGAUGCAAUUGAAUCAGGGAAAAUUUGAGUAUAAUGGAUCGUGCGGGUACCUUCUCAAACCAGAUUUCAUGAGGCGGCCUGAUCGAACAUUUGACCCCUUCUCUGAAACUCCUGUUGAUGGCGUUAUUGCAGCCACUUGCUCGGUGCAGGUUAUAUCAGGUCAAUUCUUAUCAGAUAAGAAAAUUGGCACCUAUGUAGAAGUAGAUAUGUAUGGGUUGCCCACUGACACCAUACGUAAGGAAUUCCGAACUCGCAUGGUUAUGAAUAACGGACUCAAUCCAGUUUACAAUGAAGAGUCAUUCGUAUUUCGGAAGGUGAUCCUGCCGGACCUAGCUGUCUUGAGAAUAGCUGUGUAUGAUGAUAACAACAAGCUGAUUGGCCAGAGGAUCCUCCCACUUGAUGGCCUCCAGGCAGGAUAUCGACACAUUUCCCUUCGAAACGAGGGAAAUAAACCAUUAUCACUGCCAACAAUUUUCUGCAAUAUUGUUCUUAAAACAUAUGUGCCUGAUGGGUUUGGAGAUAUUGUGGAUGCUUUAUCAGAUCCAAAGAAAUUUCUCUCAAUUACAGAAAAGAGAGCAGACCAAAUGAGAGCUAUGGGCAUUGAAACUAGUGACAUAGCCGAUGUGCCCAGUGACACUUCCAAAAAUGACAAGAAAGGAAAGGCCAACACCGCCAAAGCAAAUGUGACCCCUCAGAGUAGCUCUGAACUCAGACCAACAACCACGGCUGCCCUGGCCUCUGGUGUGGAAGCCAAGAAAGGUAUUGAACUUAUCCCUCAAGUAAGGAUAGAAGACUUAAAGCAGAUGAAGGCUUACUUGAAGCAUUUAAAGAAACAGCAGAAGGAGCUAAAUUGUUUAAAGAAGAAACAUGCAAAGGAACACAGUACCAUGCAGAAGUUACACUGCACGCAAGUUGACAAAAUUGUGGCACAGUAUGACAAAGAGAAGUCGACUCAUGAGAAAAUCCUAGAGAAGGCAAUGAAGAAGAAGGGGGGAAGUAAUUGUCUCGAAAUGAAAAAAGAAACAGAAAUCAAAAUUCAGACGCUGACAUCAGAUCACAAAUCUAAGGUCAAAGAGAUUGUAGCACAGCACACGAAGGAAUGGUCAGAAAUGAUCAAUACCCACAGUGCUGAGGAGCAAGAAAUCCGAGACCUGCACCUCAGCCAGCAGUGUGAGCUGCUGAAAAAGCUACUCAUCAAUGCCCAUGAGCAGCAAACCCAGCAGCUGAAACUGUCCCAUGACAGGGAAAGCAAAGAAAUGCGAGCACACCAGGCUAAGAUUUCUAUGGAAAAUAGCAAAGCCAUCAGCCAAGAUAAAUCUAUCAAGAAUAAAGCAGAACGGGAAAGGCGAGUCAGGGAGUUAAACAGCAGCAACACUAAAAAGUUUCUGGAAGAAAGAAAAAGACUCGCAAUGAAGCAGUCCAAAGAAAUGGAUCAGUUGAAAAAAGUCCAGCUUGAACAUCUAGAAUUCCUAGAGAAACAGAAUGAGCAGCUUUUGAAAUCCUGUCAUGCAGUGUCCCAAACGCAAGGCGAAGGAGAUGCAGCAGAUGGUGAAAUUGGAAGCCGAGAUGGACCGCAGACCAGCAACAGUAGUAUGAAACUCCAAAAUGCAAACUGAAGCAGCAAACCCACAAAGCAUCAAAAGAUUCACUCACAAACCUCUGAACACAAACUCCAUGGAUGAAAGCUGUUUAUUUUGUUUCCUAUAUGUGUAAACAAGAUGAUAUCUGAAACCAGAGAGACUUGGAAUGUCUGACUGACUUCUAUUUAACAGCUUGAGUAUUGCAUUUCCUUGGCCAAACAAAAGUAGCUACAAAUCCACAAAAAUUUCCUAUUCCAGUAAGGCAGAGUUCAACCAUUGAUAAUACAACUUAAACAUGUUUGCUAUAAAAUACCAUCACAAGUAAAUGAGCUUGGUGUUAACAACUCUCCUUUGUGAUGCCUUAGGACAUGUCUGAACUGCAGCAAAAAAAAACAAAAUCAAAAACAAAAAACAAAAAACAGUGCAUUAGCAAUUUCAUAGCAAGUGCAUGCACUAGGAAAAGAAAACUGUCUACAAAUUUAUUAGCAGAAGUGGUGGUCUGCUAGACAAAUAAUUUUGCAAAAUUUUUCUACAUCUAAGUUACCUCAUCAGUAAGUGCCAUGUCUCUACCAUGCCAUCAGAGGCUAAUUUCCUGUAAAAGUUGUGGAAAUUAUUAGAACAAUAGAAAAAUAGAGCAGUGUAUGUGUGCCAAAACUCAUCAUUACUCAAAGGAGAACUGUGUUAGGCACAUUUAAGAAAGUUUACAUCUGACAUUGCUUUAUAGGAAUUGUUUCUGCAGAUUCCAGAUAUUACAAUUCACACCAUAAAGAUUGUGAAGUGGUUAUUGGCAAACGUUUGUAAAUGUGACCAUGUAUAAAGUAUUUAUACUCUUUAAUUCACACUGUUAGAGAGCAAAAUCAUCUAAGUAUUGCCACAUGACAAGAUUAGUAAACAGGAAUACUAGAACUAUGUUUGCAUGAUACACAAGCACCAAUAAAGACUAAUCCAUACACAGUUAACCUAAUGCCAAAUAAAUACUGGUUAAAUAAAUGUAUGGCACAGAAUAUAAUUUGACUAUCAAGACUUUUAGCAUAAUGAAAAACUCUAUAUAUAUGUGUAUAUGAAUUAUGUGGGCAUUCUUGAUACUUCAAGUUCUAGUUUGAAAAAAAUACAUAACUAAUUUAAUUUUACACAAAAAUAUUUAUGCAGAUUUUCAGAAUUUCAUAUCAGGAGAUGACCUUUUUAUGUCUGUUAAAUAUCAGAACAAUUUGCUACAGUGUUAAUCUGCAUGGUCUUUAAGCCUGCUGUAGUUGAGUUGCAGACAGUGCAUGAAAAAGUAUUCCGCUGGGAAUUGAGCUAUGCCACCAAAGCCAAGAGGAGCGCAUGGAAACCCGGUAGUCUAGAACUAAUCAGAUGACUGAUUUUAGGGCACAGCACCAAGUGAAUUGUUGUAUAUGCUUGUAAAAAUUGAUUCUGUGUGUUCCUCUGAACAAAGCGGAGAAAAUGAUGAUACCAUCAAUAUUGAAAUUAAACUUCCAACUUCUCUAAUAAAAAAUUAAAACACACAUAACACUCGUCAGAGUAUUUGCUCCCAACACACAUUCUAGCAAAUGUUUUGCCUUUUUCAUAUGCAUGAUAUCAUCGUUAUUAUCAAAGGGGGCUUUUUACCCUCAACAUGUUUUUCACCCAAAUGAUGCAAAACGUGCAGAUUCUAGUUGACUUCAGAUGUAAUAGACUUGUUUUUCUCCUGUUUAUGAUUUGAAGUGGAUUCUGUAAAAUAUCUCUUGUUCUUAGUUUCCUUAUCUGUAAAACAGUGGAGUUAGACUACAGAUCUUUUGGCACUAACAUCUCAUGAAAAAUUAUGGUUAAUAAAAUAUCACCACAUUUGGAUUGCCAGUUUUCAAA